CUUUCCGGAGGGUCUUAGUCCUUCACUUCCUGUUUGUGGGACCUUCUGAAUCCGGGUCAAGUGUGUUAGCUUCUUCUCUUCUCCGGAGCUGACCCGGCACCUUCAGUGACAGCGGCUUCUGACUCAACCCAGGGCGGGUUUCAUCUUAUGACCUGCUAAAGGCCGGACGCCCACACCUGCCCCAGGAAGUGAAGGCGAGCUUCCUCCACCUACUGGCUGGCAGCCCCGGGCCCUGUGUGACCGCCGCUGCCGAGGGUCCCCGCCAUCCCCUCCGCGCUGAUGCUGAGAGGGAACGCAGGCCCGGGGCAUCUGCGGAGUGCGGGCCUCUGGCUCGUUAGGCCCGCGACGGGCGGUGCUGGCUCUUACGCUACCCAGGCUUGCCACCCCCCACCCGGACUUGGAUGGGCUCCUCUACCCGAUAAAUGUGGCUGCUGAGACUGUUGUGGCGGUGGUCGGUACCGCUACUGCUGCGCCCCAAGUUCCCCUUUGCCACGGGACUCUCGUGCCCCACGUCGGGACUGUCGGCCCCCGCUCCUAACCCCGUGGCCCUGGCCUUGCAGCUUGGCGACAAUGGACAAGAUCCUGGAGGGCCUGGUGAGUUCUUCGCACCCACUGCCCCUGAAACGGGUGAUUGUGCGGAAGGUGGUGGAAUCAGCAGAGCAUUGGCUGGACGAGGCGCAGUGCGAAGCCAUGUUUGACCUGACUACCCGGCUCAUCCUGGAGGGCCAAGACCCCUUUCAACGGCAGGUGGGGCACCAAGUGCUGGAGGCCUAUGCACGGUACCACCGGCCGGAGUUCGAGUCCUUCUUCAACAAGACGUUCGUGUUGGGCCUCCUUCAGCAGGGUUACCACUCGCUGGACAGGAAGGACGUAGCCAUUCUGGACUACAUUCACAACGGCCUGAAGCUGAUCAUGAGCUGCCCGUCGGUGCUAGACCUCUUCAGCCUGCUUCAAGUGGAGGUGUUACGUAUGGUGUGUGAGAGGCCGGAGCCGCAGCUGUGUGCCCGAUUGAGCGACCUGCUGAGCGACUUCGUGCAGUGCAUCCCCAAGGGAAAAUUGUCAAUCACCUUCUGUCAACAGCUUGUUCGAACGAUAGGCCAUUUCCAGUGCGUGUCCACCCAGGAGAAGGAGCUGCGGGAAUAUGUGUCUCAGGUGACAAAAGUGAGUAACUUGCUGCAGAACAUCUGGAAGGCCGAGCCCUCCACACUCCUCCCUUCCCUGCAAGAAGUUUUUGCAAGCAUUUCUUCCACAGAUGCAUCAUUUGAACCUUCUGUAGCAUUGGCAAGCCUUGUGCAGCAUAUUCCUCUUCAGAUGAUUACAGUUCUCAUCAGGAGCCUAACUACGGAUCCAAAUGUAAAAGAUGCAAGUAUGACCCAAGCUCUUUGCAGAAUGAUUGACUGGCUGUCCUGGCCAUUGGCUCAGCAUGUGGACACAUGGGUAAUUGCACUCCUGAAAGGACUAGCAGCUGUCCAGAAGUUUACUAUUUUGAUAGAUGUUACUUUACUGAAAAUAGAACUGGUUUUUAAUCGACUUUGGUUUCCUCUUGUGAGACCUGGUGCUCUUGCAGUUCUUUCACAUAUGCUGCUUAGUUUUCAGCAUUCUCCAGAAGCGUUCCAUUUGAUUGUUCCUCAUGUAGUUAAUUUGGUUCACUCCUUCAAAAGCGAUGGUCUGCCUUCCAGUACAGCCUUCUUAGUGCAGUUAACAGAAUUGAUACAGUGUAUGAUGUAUCAUUAUUCUGGAUUUCCAGAUCUCUACGAACCUAUUCUGGAAGCAAUAAAGGAUUUUCCUAAGCCCAGUGAAGAGAAGAUUAAAUUAAUUCUCAAUCAAAGUGCCUGGACUUCUCAAUCCAAUUCUUUGGCAUCUUGCUUGUCUAGACUUUCUGGAAAAUCUGAAACUGGGAAAACUGGCCUCAUUAAUCUAGGAAAUACAUGUUAUAUGAACAGUGUUAUACAAGCAUUGUUUAUGGCCACAGAUUUCAGGAGGCAAGUAUUAUCUUUAAAUCUAAAUGGGUGCAAUUCAUUAAUGAAAAAAUUACAGCAUCUUUUUGCCUUUUUGGCCCAUACACAGAGAGAAGCAUAUGCACCUCGGGUGUUCUUUGAGGCUUCCAGACCUCCAUGGUUUACCCCCAGAUCCCAGCAAGACUGUUCUGAAUACCUCAGGUUUCUGCUAGACAGGCUACAUGAAGAAGAAAAGAUCUUGCAAGUUCAGUCCUCACACAAGCCUCCUUCAAGUCUGGGAUGCAAUGAAACUUCUUUCCAGGAAGUGGCGAGCAAGGCAGCUGUACUAACAGAGAGCCCUUGCACAAGUGAGGGUGAGAAGACUUUAAUAGAAAAAAUGUUUGGAGGAAAACUACGAACUCACAUAUGUUGUUUGAACUGCAGGAGUACCUCACAAAAAGUGGAAGCCUUUACUGAUCUUUCACUGGCCUUUUGUCCUUCCUCUUCUAUCGAAAAUUUAUCUUUUCAAGAUGCAGCAUCAUCACCCAAUACACAAGAUGGCGAUCUAAUGCAAGCCAGUAUACCUUCAGAAGAACCAGGAGUUUAUAGUCCAGCAACAGCUGCCUUUGUUUGUGAUUCAGCUGUGAAUGAAAGAAUGUCACGCAGUCCUCCUGAUGAGUUUUGCUGUACUGAUAACACUUCUGUCCCUCAUGAAUCUAGCAAGAUUCUUGUUAAUAAAGAUGUACCUCAGAGACCAGGAGGUGGAAGCACACCUUCAGUCACCGACUUACUAAAUUAUUUUUUGGCUCCAGAGAUUCUUACUGGCGACAACCAGUAUUAUUGUGAAAACUGUGCCUCUCUGCAGAAUGCCGAGAAAACUAUGCAAAUCACAGAGGAGCCUGAAUACCUUAUUCUUACUCUCCUGAGAUUUUCAUAUGAUCAGAAGUAUCAUGUGAGAAGAAAAAUCUUAGACAAUGUGUCCCUGCCACUGGUUUUGGAGUUGCCAGUUAAAAGAACUACUUUCUCUUCAUUGUCAGAAAGUUGGUCGAUAGAUGUUGACUUCACUGAUAUUAGUGAGAACCUAGCUAAAAAAUUAAAGUCUUCUGGAACUGAAGAAGCUUGCUGCUCCAGAUUGGUGCCGUAUCUGUUAAGUUCUGUUGUCGUUCACUCUGGUAUCUCCUCUGAAAGUGGGCAUUACUAUUCUUAUGCCAGAAACAUCACGGGUACAGAGUCCUCAUACCAGAUGUGCCACCAGUCUGAAACUCUGGCAUUAGCGUCCUCCCAGAGUCAUUUACUCGGGAGAAAUAGUCCCAGUGCAGUUAUUGAACAAGAUUUAGAAAAUAAGGAAAUGUCAAAAGAAUGGUUUUUAUUUAAUGACAGCAGAGUGACAUUUACUUCAUUUCAGUCAGUGCAGAAAAUUACGAGUAGGUUUCCAAAGGACACAGCUUAUGUGCUUUUGUAUAAAAAACAGAGUAGCACUAAUAGUUUAAGUGGUAACAAUUCAACCAGUGGACUCUGGGUAAAUGGCGACCCACCUCUACAGAAAGAACUUAUGGAUGCUAUAACAAAAGACAAUAAACUAUAUUUACAGGAACAAGAGUUGAACGCUCGUGCCCGGGCCCUACAAGCUGCAUCUGCCUCAUGUUCAUUUCGGCCCAAUGGAUUUGAUGACAAUGACCCACCAGGAAGCUGUGGACCAACUGGUGGAGGGGGUGGAGGAGGAUUUAAUACUGUUGGCAGACUCGUAUUUUAAUCCUGAGAGAAUCCAAAAUGCACUGCUCACAAAACAUCUAUUACUAUGACUGUUAAAAUGUCAGAUUGUAACAAAUAUCAUACCUAUCUUUUAUUUUUCUUUUCAUUAGACCCUUUUACUUUAAGAAAACACACUCAGUGCUUGUUUUUAUUUUCUUGACAAUACAUUUAUUAACAGAUGCAUCAUGGGAAAAAAAAAAACUACCUCUUAAAAUUCCAUUUACUUUUAUGGUUAGACAUGCUUGACCAAAAAUUUUCAGAGGAAAGUAUGUACCUGGUCCCUAAUUAAGCUGCAUUAAAUUUAGUAGAGGCAUUUAAAUGAUCUCAUUCUCAGUUUUACUAAACAAAAAGUAUAACUCAUUUAGCCUCUUUUAUAAAAGAAUUGAUGCUAGAAAUGAUGGAAAAAAUUUUGUUUCCUGUAUAUUACCCCAUUAUUAAAUUCAGAUCUCUUAAAAUGCUAAAGAUAAUACAGUCUCUAAUGAAGGCAAUAACAUAAAAUUUAUCAACUAUAGUACUUUUCAGGUUUUUGUUUAGUGCUGUCCUCAGCAUCACUGUAUCUGCAUUUCAAGUACAAAUGUUUUAAAAAAAGGAUUAUUUAUACAUAUAUGCUGAAUUGAUUUUAAGAAAGGUGCAUGAUCCUGUAGAAACAACAUUUUUACCUAAAAAUUGCUAACUUUGUAGUAUUUCUAAUUGUUUAAGGAUUUUAAAAUUCUAUUUCAGGGAGUAUAUCUUCUCUGUGUUUUGAAGGAGGUGAGUUCUGUAUGUGCCUUGCAGUACUGUAAUUCAAAAAUAGGAAUCUUUGGCUGCGGAAAAGUUUUUUAAAAAUGAAAUGUUAGGAAGUAAUUUUUUGUGUUAACAUUAAAAUUAUAACUUUUUGAAAGGUAUUAGAUUUUCCUGAAGUAAAAUAUGAUGGUUCUAAAUCAAUAAGUGUGAUAGCUUAUUUUUAAAUCUUAGAAGAAUUCAGAGGAAAUGAACCUAGUCAAGUAAAAAAUCUUUGAUUUUGUUAAUCUUCAGAUUAUUAAACAUCAAUUGCAUAUUUCUAGAGUUGUACAUUUGGGUUUUUUUUUUUUCCAUUUGAAUCUUGUGUUUUGCACAGUUGUUUCUGUCUCAUAGUUUCAGAUAAAAUGGUAAAAUGUCAGACCCUACUAUCCCACAUUUUCUUUUACCAGGGAAUGGGAAACAAGUCAGUUCUCCUGGGUCUUGAUUGUACAUAUUCAAGAGUUAUCCCAGUUGUCCCCUUUCCUAAAGGUUUUUAACUUAUCCAUGAUUGUACAAUCAUUGUUCUGAAAUUGGUCUCAUAUUUAUUUUGAAAACAUUUUAAGGAAAGACUGUUCUUUGGUGAUUUGGAGUUUAUCUUUUUCCCAAGCUUUUAAUGGGGUAGUUAAAAGCAGAACUCCUCCACUAUGUCCCACUUCUAACUUGUUUCCAGUCACCAG